CGGGGGACACAGAGAGGCGCGCGCUCAGUUAGAAGACAGUUCAUUCCAGUGACCGAUGUGCAAAGACUCAAAGUUCUAUGAACCUUCAAGGAAACUACAUUGAUAAAUGAAUAGAACGGCUUUCUUUUCAUUUCGUUGACAAUGAGUCUGUUUUAAAAUAUUAAACAACUAUUUGAAGUCUUAAAGACAGGAGCUUUCCCUCGUGGAUUUUUCCCCCUCUGACAUGGAAAUGUUUAUGCUUACGUCGUCUUUCUUAAUGUUCGGUAAUUGAAGAAGUUGUUUUGGCUUGGCUGGUGCGCGCGCGUUUGGAGAUGGUGAGCCUUUUCACGCAUUGCGAGUCUUUCAGAGCUUUUCGAACGAACAAAACCCCACGGAACUACCAUGUUUGAAUCCGUAUUACAUUUCUAUCUUAUGAAAAUUCAGUUCCUUCGCUUUUACUGCCUGAAAAUGUGUGUUUUUGAGGCGCUAGUGUCCGCGCGCAUCUCCAAGCGCCCCAUUUUUGGACUGGAAUGAGAUCGGCACACGAGACUGGUGUAGUUUGGGUGACUUUCCGUGCCUAAAAGCUGUUUGGCUUAUGCUGCGAUUUUUUGUCUGCACGACCCCCUUUUAGUGUAAAUGCAGAUUUUUAUUCAAGUUUUUCUUUUCUCUUGAGAUCUGCCAAAGGAAGUACCUGGAGGAUGUCAUACCCUGCUAUAAAGACACAUUUCACUUUCAAAAGUUUUCUAAAAGAAAGUUAGUUCUUGGAAGGGUUACGCUCGGAUACAAGUCUUCGUCAAAGACUACUUUUUACUUCUCCCCUGUCUAGCCUGGAACUUCAAUAUGACAUCUACGAGUGUUGUAGUUCAAAGGACCAGUAGCUCAUCAACUACUUUGGGAGUAAAAGAGAACAGCAGUUCAUGCAAUCCCAAUUCUUGUUAUUCUCCUGAAGCCACAGCCGCAUUUGCCACCGCAAUGACGCUCAUCAUGCUCUUCACCAUCUUUGGUAACAUCCUAGUCAUCAUCGCUGUCCUGACGUGCCGCUCUUUGCGAGGACCUCAGAACCUUUUCCUGGUGUCCCUGGCUGCGGCAGACAUCCUGGUGGCCACCUUGAUCAUCCCCUUCUCCCUGGCCAAUGAGCUAAUGGGCUUCUGGUACUUUGAAUCGUUUUGGUGCGAGAUCAUCUUGGCGCUGGAUGUGCUCUUCUGCACGUCUUCCAUCAUGCACCUGUGCGCCAUCAGCCUGGACCGCUACCUGUCCAUCUCCCGGCCGGUGCAGUACGCCACUCAGCGCACCCCUCGCAAGAUCAAGUGCGCCAUCGUGGUGGUGUGGCUCAUUUCCGCCGUCAUCUCUUUCCCCCCACUGGUCUCCAUGAGUAAGACCCCAGAGCAGAAGGAUGGGGGCUGCCCACAGUGCAAACUCAAUGAUGAUUUAUGGUACAUCCUGUACUCCUCCAUCGGCUCAUUCUUUGCCCCGUGCCUCAUUAUGAUCCUGGUGUACAUUCGCAUCUAUCAGAUUGCCAAGAAGCACACUCGAUGUCCUCCAGGAGAGCCAAGAAAACACGUCUCAUUGGGAGUGGCGGUGCCGAGCGGCAAAGACCAAGGAGGUGUUGACCCUGCGAAUGUUCCCAAUCUGGCUGCUUCCAGACCUGAAGCUGUAGACCAACCUCAGCCUCCAGUAGAAAUUCGAAAGCAGACGAAACGCUCAAAGAGGUGCAAGGACGAGGACAGCUCAAGCUCUGGCUCGGACGUUGAGGUAGUAAGGGGACAUAAUGCUAACGGGACGACCUCCAAUGUGGGCACGCUGGAGCCCGGCCACCAGACUACCUCACCAGCCCGAACUUACCAGAACGUCAUCGCUACGUCUAAGGGCAGCCAGCUGGCCUCUUCCAACGUGAAGCCGGCGGGAACUCCGAACACCAAGAGGAAAGCCAUGAUCGUCCGCGAGAAGCGUUUCACCUUCGUCCUCGCGGUCGUCAUUGGGGUUUUUGUCUUCUGCUGGUUCCCCUUCUUCUUCACCUACAUCUUGCAAGCCGUUUGUGAGGCUUGUAAACUGCCGGACGCGCUUUUUAAGUUCUUUUUCUGGAUAGGCUACUGCAACAGCGCCCUGAACCCGCUCAUCUACACCAUCUUUAACAGGGACUUCCGUAAAGCCUUCAAAAAGAUUCUGUUUAAAAAGUGUAAGGGCUGUUUCUGAAAGCGAACCCCCCUGGAAGGCAGUUAAAGUGCAGUGAAGUGGUGAAGACAAACUGUCCGGGUCAUAUUUCACCCCAACUGUUUCAAAAAUAAUGGAAAUGUAAAGGUGUUUCUGGCCUAAUUCUGUUUUCUGAAAGGUUUCCUUUUUGAGUUAUUACAGUAAUUAAAAUAUAUAUAACAAAUAAACUUUUUAUUUUAACAAUUAAUGAAAUAAGUUUAUUUCUUG